CAGAAACAAUGUGCCAUCUUGUAGAUCGUCUACAGCGAUUUCUCGGUCGGACAGUUUGAUGCUGUUGACCUGUGAAAGUUUGAAAAAUCGUGUUGAACACAACCGCAACAACUUAACAUCCACCAUCUGAGCUCCAGUCGACACGUUUGAUUAUCUAAAUAAUAUUGUUAUGGACUUACCCAGCUGAGCAGAGCCUUAACACCCAGGUUUAUCGUCAUCUUGGCCGACCCUUUAUCUCACAGGGGAUUCGACCUGGGAGAGGACAGGGAAAAGUCUGAACGGGCUAGCGUUGCUAAGCUAAAUCAUUAAUAAAAACUAAAUUAGUCACGUUCUAGUAUUUAAUUUCGCAGUGACUCACCUCGGAAGAAUAAAAACGUGAGCCACGUUUCCGUGUUUGUAUUUGUCCGCUUAAGAGACUAACGAACUAGUUCCUCUGACCGCACGAAGGUUCUCCAGCUGUAAACAGUCCACCGUAUUCAAAAGAGCUGCGGAUAUUAAACCAGCCAAUCCGCUGUCAGCUGUCGACGCGUCAGGAAAAUGGGAUAACUCGAUUGGUUUAUAUUCUGGGAAGGCAACCGACCAAGUGCGCUCGUUAUCUUUACCGGAGGGUGCCGGUUAGGAGAGCGGGGAGGAGAGGCUAAAAUACACUUUUAACAUUUACGUAGUCUCUGCAGCCAUUUCAUAUUGAAACAGUUUUAUCUGUUUUAUCUCAAAUUUCCCUUCAUAUGACUUCAUUGUUAUUGCUAAUGGGUUCUGACUCCGCCACCCUGGAUCUGAUUUGGUGGGCGCCGGUCGCAAAAUCCAGGAAGCCACCGAGCCUCUCCUCAGGGCUGGAGUGACAGCAAACUCAAAUCGUGGCAGCGGCAGCUCGUAGAGGCACUUCCGGUGGCGACAGAAACUGCCAUUGAUUUGUAAUGGCAGUUCCGGCGAAUUGAGGCAGCUGUCAGUUGCCACAGCUGUUUGUGGGUAACUGCGGCAAACAAAUCCAGCUCAGCAGCUUCCUCACACUGUAGGUGAGUGAAUGUUUCUCAGGUGCGACCAUGUACGGAGCUCCAGUGGAUUUAUCUCACAAACGGAUCUGCUGUCUGGGAGAUACCUGGAUAGAAGAACCCAGAAGUGGCCUGCGACCUUUAAAGAGAAAUUCAGAGAAGAAGUACAAAAGCCGCUCCCUGCGUCUUAAUAAUAACAACAUCUCGGACCUCAGUGACCUGCAGGUGUCUGUGAGCCACUUCCUGGCUGAGCCAUUACAGCUGGCCUGGCUGGACCUUUCAUUCAACAGAAUCACACACAUAGACCAGGUUUUGUGUGAGCUGCGUGAGCUGCGUGUGCUGUAUCUUCACGGCAACAGCCUUUUUAUCCUGUCGGAGGUCGACAGACUGGGAUCGCUGCCGCAUCUGCUCACCAUCACUCUACAUGGAAAUACCAUAGAAGACAACCCAGUUUACAGGAAUCGGGUGAUUGCUGCUCUGCCUCAGUUAAAGACGAUGGACUUCAGUGCCGUGACGCGGCACGAACGAGUCAUGGCAACUGUCUGGCAUCAUGGCUUCAGCCGCAGACAUAGCAAGCCCCCUCCGGAGUGACUGCUGGCUCAGCUCCCCCGCUGUAACCUGUGCUCCACAUCCACUCUUGAAAAACAUUAUAAUAAUAAUUUAUUGUGUACAUGUAACUUCGUGCUUUUCUGUUGAAAUGAACAGUUGAUUCAGUAUAUCCUUAAAUGUUGACUCUCACAUGCAUUUAAAUGAUAUUGUUGCAGACAUGGGUGGUAAGUAGAAUAUUUGAACACUAUCUUACUAUAACAAAGAAUAAAAUAUAUUACAAUAAGUGACUUCUAUCUACUGAACAGGAAUGAUAAGCAUAUGGAUGUCAAUGUCUACUGAAUAAGAAUAAGAAGGGGUUUAUGUUUAAAGUCUUUAAUGAAUUCAAUUAAACCCCCCAAAAACAAACAAAAAAACAAAUUUUAAAACUUUUUGGUACUUGCCUAAGAUAUUACAAACAUAUUUUAGGUAGUAUUACACAAUUGAGUAACAAACAAAACAGAAAAAAAGAACCCCUUGCAACAACAAAAAAAAGAAGCUCAAAUUAAUUGCAUGGUUGAAAUAAUCACAGCCUUGCAGAUCAUCCCUUUAGAGAGUCAAGAGCGGCUCACCAUGCUCCCUGCCCACGCAUACAGUCACAUGCUCUCCUCCAAAGAGCAAUUAUACAUUUAAAACACAAAUAAAUUAAUCACAAAAAAGGGUUCGGAUCAUCUGCUGCGGUACUUAGAUUGUUUACGCUCCCCACACACUGCUACAAUGGUUAGUUUCUUAAUAUUGUGACCAACUCAUCACUAAUAUUACAAUCUGCAGCAAAAAAAGAGAGCUUUGGAGGCCAUAAAAGUGUUUUGUUUUAAUAAAAACGUUUUUGUUAUCGUCACAAGACCUCGAGCCAAUCCUGACUGAUGAACACUCUACAAAAAGAGGAACUUCAGACAAUCCAUCAUCAGAAAAAUUCUGUACAAAAGGCAUGAAUUCAUGAUAUCUGUCCCUGCAUCCUCCACACAGCCACCCGCUUCAUCUCUGUAUGACUGCUGCUAGUAAAUAUGUGAAAGAUUUCAUUUAACAGCUCAAAGUUUGACACCAGACAACUGCUGAGGACAAAUUACUGUCUGUAAACUUGAGAACUUGUGCCCCAAGAAAGGUCAGUCCCUUCCCCAACUCCUGUGAUGUUAGCAGGCCUACCCAGCAGCCACCCUGCUUGUGUUUGGAUCCUCAGCAGCCACAUGACACCAGCCAUGGACCGGUCACUACACUACCGAUUACACAGUGGACUAAUUUCCAAUUAAACCUAUUUCACUGGCACUUUUUAGAAAUGAUAACAGUGAAAUGUCAAUAAAGUUACUCAGGUCAGGUUUGUUCACGGUUUCCUGUUGAUGCGGUGACACCAGGUUACUGUGGGAGGUUUGAUCUUACAAGUGAACAUCAGGACUGCCGUUGUACGACCUUCGAAAUCAUAAUGACAUCUGAAACCCAAUAGUAAAACUAAUAUUCUCACUUUUUCGUUCUGAUACUUUAAACACACGUCCUGCUGUGCGAGGAAAAACACUGAGGAAUGGGCAGUGUGUUUCUGUUUCUUUUUUUUUAUCUUGGUAAAGAGUUUAACUACUCGACCACUGCACUUGCACCUAUCGGACUUAGAUGAUUCCCAUUAUUAUGCCACAGAGAUGAAUCGUUUCUCUUGUUUCAUUGGAGAUUGUAUACAAGUAUAUACAGCAAAAGCCAAUGCGUUGUGCCAAAAAUCCUGAAGCUCUGUCCAGGAUGAAUAUACAGCACAUUCUUCCAUGCCUUUGGAUAACAGUAUGGGGUAUAGAGCUAGCGUUGCUUGCCUAAGUGCAGGCAAAGGGAAACUAACAAAAUAAAGACAAUGAAACAACUAUUUAAAACGAUAGAGCAGGAUGAAUGUUUUUGUUUUUUUUUCCACAACUGGUUCUGACAAAGCCUUUGAUCCACACUUAAACACAGAUGCGGUCUUGCUGUAGUAGAUAUGAGAUCACACCCCAGUGGCCUGUGAUGACAAUUUGUAUUUGACCCAUAAUUAAGUACACUAAUGGACAGCCACAGUGUGCCAAUCCUACAUCAACCCUGUCUUUGUUAGAGGCCUAGCUAAAAGAGCACAAGGACCAAGAGGCUUUAAUAAAAGGAUGAGGAUGCAGAAGUGACGCAGAGAGAGCGGGAUGGGAGGAACAAAAAU